AAACACACUCUCAAACUGGCUCGUAGAGCUCCAGCUCCAAAUAAGCCAGUCAUCCGUCAGCCGAAUAGACGUACACCUGCUCCGCUCCGUGCUGGCUAUCCACUAACAUCGUCUUCGUCAAAUCAUUACAUUAGAGGCAUGAAGGCUGUGUGUGUAUUGAACGGCGAAGCCGUCAAAGGAACCGUCUACUUCGAACAACUCGGUGACACAGUCAAAGUCACCGGCGAAGUAACUGGGCUAGACCAAGGCCUGCACGGUUUCCAUAUCCAUGAGUUCGGCGAUAAUACCAACGGCUGCAUCUCCGCCGGGCCGCACUUCAAUCCGUUGAAUCAAGAGCAUGGCGCUCCUACUGACGGCGUGCGUCACAUUGGAGAUCUCGGUAACGUUACCGCUGAUGGCACCGGCAAGGCCAAGGUGGAGAUCAUGGAUAAGAAGAUUCAAUUGAAUGGACAGUACAGCAUUAUCGGUCGCACGCUGGUUGUGCACGCCGAUCCCGAUGACCUUGGUAAGGGAGGUCAUGAGCUCAGCAAGAGUACCGGCAAUGCAGGAGCGCGACUUGCAUGCGGUGUUGUUGGCAUUUGCAAAGCUUAAGCUAACAAUAUAUAAUUUUGGUAUAAUUAAAUAUUAUGAUAAUACAGUAAUGUAGAUAUAUAUCAAUAUCGAACCUUGGGAUCACUUUUGUUAUUACUUGUUUUAGUUGAUGUGUUUUUGGUUUAUGUAAUGAACAAUAAAGUAUGUACAAUAUAUAUAA